UUGCUGAAAAGAGUGACAAGAAAAAAAAACUUCACCAUAACUCAACAAGCCUCAUCUGAGAUAAUUUCCCAAGCAGUCCUAAGACUGUAUUUAUUGUCUCUGCAGGAUUCUUUGGACUUUAGCAUAACUGAACUUGAUUCAUUUCACAUGGAGUAAUUUUAUUGAACAUCACAAUAUCACUUUCAAACUUUGAUUCUCUGUUUGCUUGUUUUCACAAAAAGUGAGUGCUGGACUAAAGCUGUGACUUUGAAUAGCAAGAAAACAACUUUGUUGUGUUAUUUUUUAUUCUAUAUUCACAAUAUCUCAAGAUUUUUUUUUUUAUUAAGUCAUAACUAUGGCACUUCUGGACACAGACUUUGGGAUGAAAGGCAGCAGCAUCAUGAAGGAGUGGAGUGGACAGGUCCAGCCAGCUCUGGUGGCUUCCUUUGUUUUCCUCUUCUGUCUGGAAGCCUGUCUGUGGGUAAGGAAUCUCAGACUCAAGAGGAGGCUACCAGGACCAUUUGCCUGGCCGGUGGUAGGCAACGCCAUGCAGCUGGGACAGAUGCCUCACAUCACCUUCUCCAAGCUGGCUAAGAAGUAUGGCAACGUGUAUCAGAUAAGACUGGGCUGCAAUGACAUCGUUGUGCUCAAUGGAGAAACAGCAAUACGAGAAGCCUUGGUUCAACACAGCACUGCGUUUGCAGGCAGACCGGACUUUGUGUCCUUUCGGAUGAUUUCCGGGGGAAGAAGCAUAACAUUCACUAACUACAGCAAACAGUGGAAAAUGCACAGAAGAAUUGCACAAUCUACUGUUAGAGCUUUCUCCUCCUCCAACAGUCAGACCAAGAAAACGUUUGAACGUCACGUUUUGGGAGAAUCUAUGGACCUUGUGCACGUAUUUCUGAGAAUGAGUGCAGAUGGGCAAUACUUCAAUCCCUCCCAUGAAUUUACAGUAGCCGCUGCCAAUGUCAUCUGCGCCCUGUGCUUUGGAAAACGUUAUGGCCAUGAUGAUAUUGAGUUUAGCACUCUCCUAGGCAGAAUGGACAAGUUUGGAGAGACGGUGGGGGCGGGCAGCCUGGUUGAUGUCAUGCCCUGGCUUCAGAAUUUCCCAAAUCCCGUCCGCAGUGUCUACCAAAAUUUUAAACACCUCAAUGAGGAGUUUUUCGCUUUUGUGAAAGAAAAAGUAGUGCAACACAGAGAAACGUUCAACCCGGGUGUGACACGCGACAUGAGUGAUGCGUUCAUUAAUGGGAUUGAGCAUGGAAAAGACAGUGGACUGACCAAAGACUUUGUUGAAGGAACGGUCACAGACCUCAUCGGAGCUGGUCAAGACACAAUGUCAACUAUUUUACAGUGGAUCCUGCUGCUUUUGAUCAAAUAUCCCAACAUACAAACCAGACUGCAGGAGCAGAUUGACAAAGUUGUAGGCCGCGACAGGCUGCCCAAUAUGGAGGACAAAGCCAGCCUGGCUUACCUAGAUGCUGUCAUCUAUGAGACCAUGCGCUACACCAGCUUUGUACCUCUCACCAUCCCACACUCCACCACCUCAGAUGUUACCAUCGAAGGCCUCCACAUCCCCAAAGACACGGUGGUCUUUAUCAACCAGUGGUCUGUCAACCACGACCCUUUGAAGUGGAGAGACCCGCAUAUCUUUGACCCGUCACGGUUCCUAGAUGAAAACGGCGUCCUUGACAAGGAUCUGACUAACAGCGUCAUGAUCUUCUCCACUGGUAAGAGGCGUUGCAUUGGCAAUCAGAUUGCUAAAGUGGAAAUAUUUUUAUUCAUAGCCAUCUUGUUACAUCAGUGCACUUUUGAGAGCAACCCAUCAGAGGCCCUGAGCCUUGACUGUUCUUAUGGGCUGACACUGAAACCCCUCCACUACACCAUCACAACUAAGCUCAGAGGGAAGCUUCUCAGUCUGGAAUCACCUGCAUGAAUAUUUCAUCCUAAUAGUGUGACUUAAGGCCAGCAAAAACUACAUGUUUGCCAUUCAGUUACAUUUUACAGUCAGUAUAAGCAAACCUGCACUGAAUUAUGUUGUUCAGGAGUGUUAUAGGUUGUAUUUAAUAUUUAAUUAAUAUCUGAGCAGAACUGAAUAUGUUUGCAUUAUUGUUAAAUAUAAGAUUGAAAGAAUACGUCAAAGAUUGCAGAGAUAUAUCUCCUGUGUUGGGUGCCAGAGGACUGGUCAAAGUUGAACAGGUUCUCAUACAAUCUAGCCCAUGUGAUCAUAUUCAACUAAGCAUACUUUUGUUUCAUAUACAUUUGAGUUUUAAUCAUACUUCAUAUAAAGUAUUCAGCAUGUGAAUAUUGGCCUCUUAAAAUAUGUGCAGGAAAAUAAAUAAAUCCCUCAGCUGUCAAAGGAAAAUGAUAUGACAGUAUUAUGCUUGUGACUGUUUGUGAAUGUUGUAGUCACACCCGAGGCACCACGGCCUAUUACUUUGUGGAUUCCUAUCAAUGUAUUUAACCUUUCACAUAAAGUUGUCAUAAAAUAUCUGUACAGGUAUAUUUCAGGUAACAAUAUUUUUUUUUAAAUGUUAUAGUCAAAUCCACAAUCUACUGUACACCAUGCAUAAGUGAGAAGAGAUUAUUCUUUAAACAUGACAGAGAUUGACAAACUCCUAAAAUAUAAUCUUAUGUGUUUGCCAUAAUGUACAAUGUGAAGACAAUUCAGUGUUAACAACACUGUAGCUUCUGUGUAUGUUCAAGCUAAGUACCUCCAACAAUGUUUGGAGGUGUUCUACUGGAGAUGUGGAUUUCUGCUGGAGUCUAGAAGUGUAUGACGGAUGAGGCUGAUGAACACUUGGGAGAUCACAAAUUGCAGAUAUCUACUUCACUGAACAGGCGCUUAAGCUACAGUACACAAACAUCCCUUCAUAUACAGCCAAAAUGUCAUGGAAUAUGUCUAACCAUAUCAGUGGAGAUGGUAAAUCUUAGUAUUUUCUACAAUGCAUCUGUUUUCACCUCAAGUCUCGCCAAGAUUUAUGGAUGUAAGGUAUGUAUUUUCACCUUUGUCAAAAAGCAUGUAUUCAGGAAUUUAUGUAAUGGCAUUCAGAAUCUCUGACUCUCACUAACCAAGAAACCCAACUACAGCAUGUGUUGAAUGUUAAGUGAAGGAUUCACCCUAGAAAUUUUUUUAUUUUGUUUGAUAUGAUUGAAAAAUAAGCUACAUUUAGAAUGAAUAAAGCAAUGUUUUAAAAGGUCA